AGUUUAGCCGAUUACGAACGAUGUGACGUCCGUCUAAACCGGGUGUAAACCUGAAUGCUAACUGAUGUUAGCUGCCGAACCAACGGGCUCAGUGUUAGGCGUAUAUUUUCCACUGUAUUUGUAAAACAUCCAAAGACUGUAAAGAUCUUACAAAAUGGACAGCGAAAUGUCUGAUGUCGACCAUGCACCAGGGCCUGAGACCAGCAGCAUGGAGGGGGAGAACACGCCACUGUACUGUAUCUGCCGCAAACCAGACAUCAACUGCUUCAUGAUCGGCUGUGAUAACUGUAAUGAGUGGUUCCAUGGCCACUGCAUUAACAUAACAGAGAAGUCGGCGAAGGCAAUCCGAGAGUGGUACUGCAUGAGAUGCAGAGAUAAAAACCCCUUGCUGGAGAUAAAGUAUAGAACAAAGAAAAACAAAGACAAGGACGUUGAGUCUGACAGAACUGAAAAACAAUACAGCACCCCGAGUACUCCAGACUACAGGAGUGAAAGACGGCGUGGAUCUAAAGUGAAGCGUUCAGUACGAAUGUGUGGGGAAUGUGAGCCCUGCAGACGGACCGAGGACUGUGCUCAGUGUGACUUCUGCAAGGACAUGAAGAAGUUCGGAGGCCCCAACAAAAUCCGACAGAAGUGCAGGUUCAGGCAGUGUGAAGUUCGAGCCAGGAAAAUGCUGCGUGUGAAGGAUGAGGAACUCUCUUUACAAGAAAGGAGGGACAAUUCGUACCACAGACGGAGACGGUACUCCGAUGACUACGACAGCGAGGCAGAUCUCUACCAGCAGUACAAGGCAGCGGGGCUUGACAACAACAUGGCAUGGGCUACCGAUGAUGAUGAUGAGCCGCCCUUCAGUCCCGUCAUGCGUAAGAAAGCUGUGAAGGUGAAGCACGUCAAGAGACGAGAGAAGAAGUUUGACAAGAAGAAGGAGUCCCGACGCCACAAACAGAAGCAGAAGCAUAAAGACAAAAGCAGAUACAGUGAGAAGGGUGAACUGCGUGAUAACACAGGGCAGCGUCAGUGUCUGGGGCCGAGCUGUGUGGAGGCAGCAAGAGCCAACUCCAAAUACUGCUCUGAGGACUGUGGUAUGAAGUUAGCCGCCAACCGGAUCUAUGAGAUCCUCCCUCAGCGUAUCCAGCAGUGGCAGCAGAGUCCCUGCAUCGCCGAGGAGCACGGCAAGAAGCAACUGGAGCGCAUCCGACGGGAACAGCACAACGCCCGGAUGCGCCUCACAGACAUGGAGCGACGCUUCCUCGAGCUGGAGGGCAUCAUCGCCAAGGCCAAGCAGCAGGCGGUUCAGCAGGACGAGGAGGUGAAUGAAGGUGACAGCGAGGACACAGAUCUGCAGAUUUUCUGCGUGUCUUGUAGUCAUCCCAUCAAUCCAAAAGUGGCACUGAGACAUAUGGAGAGAUGUUACGCAAAGUAUGAGAGUCAGACCUCCUUUGGAUCCAUGUACCCUACAAGAAUAGAAGGAGCAACCAGGCUGUUCUGCGAUGUGUACAAUCCCCAGAGCAAAACAUAUUGUAAGAGGCUUCAAGUUUUGUGUCCAGAACAUUCCAGAGAUCCUAAGAUCCCGGUGGAUGAGGUGUGUGGGUGUCCUCUGGUGAAGAACGUGUUUGAGCUGACGGGAGAUUACUGCAGGGUCUCCAAAAGGAAAUGCAACAAACAUUACAACUGGGAAAAGCUCAGGAGAGCAGAGGUGGACUUGGAGCGAGUCAGAGUGUGGUACAAAUUGGACGAGCUCUUUGAACAGGAGCGUAAUGUCAGGACUGCGAUGACCAACAGAGCCGGUCUGCUCGCUCUAAUGUUGCACCAAACUAUUCAGCACGACCCCUUGACGACAGAUCUCCGUAGCAACAAGGAUAGGUAGUCAACCUGUCUGCAUCUGUGCAUCCCUGUACAUGAUGUGAGAUUUGAGUGUUCAGGAGUUAAACUUAUAGAAGCAUUAUAGUACCAUUUGGAUGGAAAACAGUUUUUCUAACUAGAUAAUUAUUUUAAAAUCUUUGUAUGAUUAAUACAUUUAAGAUGUAAAUGGUUAUAUAUUUUUCCUGACUGGUAGAUGAACUACUGCUUAUUGAAAACUGCUGUUUUUGGUAUGAUUGCCUUGAAUAAACCUUAAAUUUGCUCCACGUAA